AUGGUGGCCAAUGUGGAGAUAACAUCAAAAGAAAUGAUUAAACCAUCAUCUCCAACACCCGAUCAUCUCAGAACCCACAAACUAUCCUUCCUCGACCAAAUCGCUCCCUCAGUUUACAUCCCUUUGAUUUUCUUCUACAAAAAUUCUGACCAUUUUCCUAAGCUUGAUUCCCUAAAAAUUUCUGAUUUGCUGAAGCAAUCUUUAUCCAAUGUUUUGACUCAGUUUUAUCCUUUAGCCGGAAGACUCUCCGGUGGCAAUCUCACCGUAGAUUGUGAUGAUUCCGGAGUUCUGUUUGUUGAAACUAUAGUUGAUGCCAAUCUCUCAGAUGUCAUAAACCAGCCUAGCAUGGAUGUUAACAAACAGUUUCUGGCGCUUGAUCAACUUACUCCCACUGAAUCAAACAGUGUUCUUUUAGCCCUACAAAUCAAUAUAUUCAACUGCGGAGGCAUUGCAAUUGGCAUGCAAAUGUAUCAUGGGGUAGCCGAUGGAACUUCCGCGGUGAAUUUCAUGAACGCGUGGGCUGCAAGUUGCCGCGGUGAUGAUAUAACUCAUGAAGAUUUUGCGCCUAGAUUCAUUAGUAUGGCGGAUUUAUUUCCCCCAAUAAACUUGCCUAGCAGUGGUACUGGUGGUUUUCUUGAAGUAACAAAAGAAAAGCUUGUCACAAAACGCUUCGUGUUCGACAAGGAAAUCCUGGCAAAACUGAAACAAUCAUCAGCUUCCGGAUCGUCACAAGUAGGGAUGAACAUCAACCGUACGAGGGUUGAGGCUGUUUCCGCGUUAUUCUGGAAGCGUUUUGUUGAUACUACCAUAGCUGAAAACUCAAAUAAGAGCGUUAUCGCGGCAGGUCAUGCAGUGAACUUGAGGCCUAGAAUGGAUCCACCUCUUCCAGAUCAAGCAUUUGGGAAUGUGUGGAUAUUGUCUACGACUCAAGCAAUACCUAUUGAAAAAAAUGGUGAAACGGAUCUUGAUUUGGUUGGUUAUUUGAGCAAUGCACUGUGGAGAAUCGAUGGAGAUUAUGUGAAGGCAAUACAAAGUGGAGAUGCUCAGUGUCUUAAUUCUCUCAUGGAAAUUUUGGCACUAAGAUCAAAGGGGGAAAUUCAGCUGUCCCUUUUCACUAGUUGGUGUAGAUUUCCAGUGUAUGAAGUUGAUUAUGGUUGGGGAAAGCCAGUUUGGGUGAGCACAUUUACUAUGCCUUAUGAAAAUGCUGCGCUUUUGAUGAGUACUAGCUGCGGAGAGGGAAUCGAGGCUUGGUUUAACGUAUUUGAGGAAGAUUAA